AUGUUGAGAAUGGUGCGGGAGUCUGCCAGUGUCACCAAAGACAGUCGGACCGCUAACUCGGUUGACAUAGAAGAUGAGUCCGAUCACGUUCAGCGAUCAAAGAGCAUUGCGAGGGACAAUGUUGUGGAUAUACUUACAGGUCCUGAGGACGACUUCAUAUCACCAAGUCAGUCUUCAGGCUCACCCUUGUCAGUCUUAGUCCCCUUCAAAAACCUCUGCACGAAAGCAGCUGGCACCCCACCCUCCGCUGCGGAACAACCUAGAAGGACUCUGGCUGAGGCUUUUGAUUUCGAUCUCCUUGACACGCCGUCAUACAAUCGCAUGGCAUCGUUUGCGCUGUUGCCGUCACGUGAGAGAGUACAACGGAUGGUAAGCAUCGCGCUAGACAGUGCUCUUAACUGCCAAGAUCCUGUCGAUCGUGAGCGGCUGGGUGCACAGAUCGAUGACCUUUACGAACGAAAUGCAGACGACUAUACGCAGAAGAAUCGCCAAGCUUUGGGCCUGGUCUAUGCUUUGAUGGCCCUGGGGCGAAGGUACGAGCCAGAUGCCGCUGACGAGAACACAAACAGAGGCUCGGAACUCUUGGUGUUGAAAGGCGUGACAUACUUCCGAGCUGCAAGAAGUAUCAUCGACACGAGCGACACACACGACCUUGAUGCUGUUCGUACGCUGGUCGUCAUGACAGUCUACCUGCUAUCAUCUUCGAUGAUCUCGAAAGCAUAUACGUGCAUAUGUACUGCCGUCAACUUCUCCAUGAGGCUAGGCUUACACGUUUCCGGCGCUUCCUUAGCGUCAAAAUUUCAGAACUCAGAGCUGACCGACCGCCGUCGAGUAUUCGCAGUCUUGAACCUUCUGGACACCUAUAUGUCCUGCAUUUUGGGUCUUCCAAAUAUCCUCCGCGAUGCAGAUCCAAGCCAGAUAGUCCCAGCGCCCGAGGAGGAAAUGGAAGAUGAGGGCACAGACUUUGUCGCUCGGAACCCAUUCACGCCACUCUCGGAGACGAUCCUCUCGGCCAAGCUCUUCCGGAUCGAGGCAGAGAUACUGGGAGAGCAGUUCUCAAGGGACAGGUACUCCGUAAAUGACCACGGAAAGCACGAGAUAGACUAUCGCUUCGUGGCUAACAUCGAAGCCAAGCUCCAGGACUGGCACGAAGCGCUUCCAGGAAUGCCACCAGACUCCCUGGGGGACCAAGCGCUGAAAUCACAGAUCAUGCUUCGUUUCUGCCACGCCGCAGUGCAGUUGAUGCUAUAUCGACCAUUCGUUCACCACGUUGUACGCAGCCAGGAGGAUCCCGACUUCAACUACAAAGGCUACGCUCUUGGCUCAUCCUGUAUCCGGACAUCAAUGCAGGCCGUAUGGUUAGUGGAUGCUUUUGAUCGUCACGGAUACCUGCACGAAGCUUUAUGGCAAACAAUCUACAUCCUCGCACUAGCUGGCAGUUCGCUGAUGUUGUUCGUGCUGGGUGCGCGUGAGGGAUCUCCAACCAUAGCUGAGAGCCGGCAUGCGGCUCUCAAGGCAAGGGAACUGCUCGGGAAACUCGCAAGCAAGAACAUCUCUGCCAGACGGUGUUUCGAGUCUUUGUCGGAUCUACCUGAGUCUGCACCGGCACGUCCUCCUACACAGGAGGAUACCAGUCGUGAUGCUUCACCACACUCGCGCUUCAUGAUGGGCAUUGGUGCAGCAGUAGAGCCUGCUGCGACAUCUGUUACGCCAUUGGUUAGAAUGUCGACGGCAGAUACCGAGAACGAUACGAGACCGCUUGGCCAGCAAUGA